AUGAGUGAACCAGUAAAACUCGGUGAACAUUCCAAGUCACGUCAAGAGGAAGAUUUUUCAAUUAAACCCCAAAAAUUUACUCCCCGAUUAAAUACUUCAGAAUGGCCUUUAUUGCUUAAG